AUGCCAGAGGGAAAUCAUAGCAUUGUGACUGAAUUUAUCCUUACUGGAUUCCCUGGACUUCAUCCAGAGUACGAAGGCCUUGUCUCUGCAGUAUUGUUCUUAGUUUAUGUCUUGACUGUGACAGGCAAUGUUACAAUUCUUUUUUUAUUUGCUACCGACCGCAGCCUUCAUAAGCCGAUGUAUUAUAUCAUUCUAAAUCUGAGUACAUGCGACAUCCUCUUCAGCACAACUACUUUACCUAAGAUUAUCAGUAAGUAUUGGUUUCAAUCAGGGACCAUUCAGUUCACUGCUUGUUUUGUCCAAAUGUACUUUGUUCACUAUCUCGGUACAGUGAAUUCCUGUAUUCUCUUCCUGAUGGCUUUAGACAGGUAUUUAGCGAUCUGCCAUCCUCUCAAAUAUCCCCUUGUUCUUAAAAACUCCACUAUCCAAAUUCUCAGUAUUACAACAUGGAUUGUUGCCAAGCACGGCCCUUUAAUGUUAGUUAUUAGGGCCUACCCUCUUCCUUACUGUGCCUCAAACAUAAUCAACCACUGCUACUGUGAUCAUAUUGGUAUAACAAUCCUAGCAUGCACUGACAGGGCCCCUUAUGGUGUUCCUGCUUUUGCGGAUGCAAUGAUAAUGUUACUGGGACCUCUGGCAUUCAUAAUCUUCUCAUAUUGCUCUAUAAUUAUAGCAGUAUUUAAGAUGGCAAAUUUACAAAGUCGUAUAAAAACUAUGUCCACCUGCAGCACGCAGCUGAUUAUAAUCUCACUCUAUUAUUUACCCAGAUGUUUUGUAUAUUUAGCCAGCAAUGUUGGCAUUAAAUUUAGUGCUGAUGUGCGAAUAGUAAUUAUCAUGCUGUAUAGCCUUUUCCCUCCCAUGAUUAAUCCACUUAUAUACUGCUUGAGAGCUAAAGACAUGAGAGAAAGCUUGUGGAAGCGAUUCAACAGAAGAGCUGUACCACAAAAAGCACAAGUUUCAGCUAUUAGUAACUGA